AUGCGUAGCAACACUGUCUUCCUCAUCUUCGCGGCCGCCGCUGCUUCGGUGGCUGCCCAGCAGGGCAGUCGCGAGAGCGAGAACAAGAGCGACGUCCGCCCUGCGGUGGAGCCUGAGACACAGCCUGAGGCACAGCCCGAGGAAAAGCCCGCGACUCCUCCUCCGCAGGAAGACUUCCUCCUCUCACUGCUGAAACCUGGUAUCCGCGACCCGGUUUCCCGCGAUGUCUACUGCAAGGGCCAGGCCAGGAGUGGGCGGGUCUCCAAUAUGCGCGAGGCCCUGUGCGGCCCUACUGGCAAGCCUUUGCCCAAGGAGGAGCCCACUGAGGAGGUCAGGGAGCAGCCCCAGCAGAAGAAGGCCGAGGAGAAGCCCACGGCAGAGGCGUCUCAGAGGAAGCCUCAGCAGCAACAGGCUCAGGCCCAGAAGCAGCCUCAGCAGCAGGAGGGUGAGAAGAAGCCCCAGGUCGAGCAGCCUAAGGAGUCCAGGUUCAAGGUGAAGGCGUCGCAGGAGAUGGGCUCCGCCCCGGGAGAGAACUGGAUCAUGAAGAAGAGGGAUUACCUUGUGCCGGCCCAGGGAGCCGCGCUGAAGCAUGAUGACGCCCCCGCCCCGGCCGCUUACAAGAAGCGCGACCACCCGCGCCCGGCAUCGUCUAGCACUUGCACCUCGACUCUUGCCACUGUCGUGAAGCCGACGAGCACCAAGGCGCCACUGGCUAGCUCGUCGAGCUGCACCACCACCACCACCGCCCAGCCGACCACCUCGCUGCUCCCUGUCCCCUCGUCGUCGACCUCGUGCACCACCACCCUCGCCACCAGCAAGGCUCCUAGCUCAUCCGUACCUGCUACCACCCAGGCCCCCAUCACGCCUGUGGCCCCGUCGUCUUCGACCUGUACCACGACCGCCACCCCUGUUGCCGAGUCCUCCUCGACCAAGAUUGUGCCGACCACCACUGCCCGCACCACUCGCUACGUCAUCAUCACCGCCAAGACCUCGACCACUGAGGCUGCCCCCAGCUCUAGCAGCAGCGUGACUCCCAUCGCCGAGAGCUCGACCGCGGCCCUGUCGACCACCACCGCUCACAACACUCGCUACCUGACCAUCACCAGCAAGUCCUCCACCGCUGCCGUCCCCACCACCGCGGCUCCUACCACCUCCUCGUCCGUGGAGCCCGCCUACGAGACCUCGACCCCGCAGCCUCAGACCACCGCCGCUCCGUCGCACGCUACCGUCUCGACUAUCUACGCCACUCAGAAGUACACCAUCACCUCGUGCGCCGGCGGUCAGAAGGAGUGCUCGAGCGCUGCUCAGACCUUCAUCACCACCCACAUCGUGCCCAUCUACACCACCGUGUGCCCUACCAGCGCCCUCCAGCCGGUCAAGCCCACUCACCACGCCUACCCGUCGGUCAAGCCUAUCGGCAGCUCGGCCGCUUCUUCGGUCAAGCCUGUCAUCACCGGUGUCCCGUACAGCACUCCAUGCUUCAACCAGACGUCCGCCGCGCCCACUGGCGCCGCCAGCAGCAGCUACAAGGCCGUGCCGCAUUACAACUCGACUUUGACCUCGUCCGUCAAGCACACUCACAAGGAGACCAAGACCCUGGCGCCCACCUACACCCCUUCGGUCAAGAUCAACGGCACCACCAAGGCCAGCUACCCCACCGGCCCUACCGCCGGCGCUACCACCGCCGUCUCGCCCAGCAAGAGCCCCAUGCCCACCGUCGGCUCCGGUGCCGACCGCACAGUCAUUGGCCUAGCCGCUCUGGCCGUGCCUCUUCUUUUCUUGUAA